AUGGUCGUGGGUCGCUCCGCGUUACAUGGAAACAUCCCGGCAGUCUUGCUGGGAGGCCGAUUCUACUUCAAGCGGAAGGAGUACUUGUACACUGACUUCGGCGGCGGCGUGAACCGGAAGGCAGGAGAGUCACCGCUUACGGGGGCUUUUCGUGAGCUGGCAGAGGAGCUGUUUGCGCAGGACGAGGAGACUGCUACAGUGACCGCCCAGGGAAUAUCAGAAGCGAUGAAGUCAGAACUCUUGGGCGACAGGCCUUUUGUGUCUGGCGACUACGUGAUGUUUGUGGUCACCGCCGAGGCUCUUGCCAGCAGCCUUGACAUUGAUCCUGGAGACUCGGCCCUCGAUCAACUCUUCCAGUCGGCUGCAUUCUUCGAUGCGAAACUGGGUUGCAAGCGUUUUAGGGUUUAG